GGGAGGACCCGCCUAGUGCCGGCAACAUGGCAGCGUCCAGUCGAGCCCAGGUGCUGCGGCUCUAUCGGGCCCUGCUGCGGGAGAGCCAGCGCUUCAGCGGCUACAACUACAGGCUGCAAGCAGCUCACAGACUGAGGGCUUUACCCUGUUGGAUUGCAGCAAAGGCUUCUGGCCAUGCCAAAUGAACACGUGGAAAGGAGAGCAACUGCAAGGAAGAAUGUAUGCCAUCAGAAGGAUAAGAGACGCCUUCAGAGAAAACAAGAAUAUAGAAGAUACUGAAAAAAUAGAAGAACUAGUGAAUAAAGCGAAAGCAAACCUAGAGAUUAUUCAUCGGCAGGUGUAUCUCCUCAUUCUUCAAUGGCAAGGAGGUAAACAGAUGUCAAUAGGUUACUAUUGGCCAACUGUAUUCCACGCAGAAACUGGUUAUUGAGAGUCCAGGAAACACAUAGCUAUGAGAAGACACCGAUCCUGAAGCAACACUGGACCAUCUUCAGCAUCCUACAGUGCCACAUACAGAUGCAUAAACACACUGCACAUGUCAGAGCUUUUCUGCUCAGCAGAAGAAAUGUCUGAGGGACUGAGUUUUUGGCAACCAAAGUACUCUAUUUUCUAAUAGUUCACACGUUCUAAAAUGCAUUGCUGUGAUUUACAAUAGCAUGUAGGGUUAUCCUGAAACCUGUUUGCUUGUAUGUCCCAUGUGAUGAAAUAGCUCCUGCCCUAAUUUGACAAUAAAACUUCAUUUACCAACUGCA